CUUCAGCCUUACCACUCAAACGAGCCCACUAUCAAUUGAGUAUACUGACGCGACAAGUAUCAAAUGGCUCAGUCAGAAGAUAUUGGACUACUUUAGGAGAAGAACAAUUAGCGGGGACUCUUGUCUUCAAAGAAAAGCCCUCAAAAUGAACAAUAUUGCAGUGGAUGACCACAGUUUGGAAGUGUCCUCAAAGGGUAAAAUCACUGUUAAUAAUGAUGAAGACAAGUCGAGGGAGGGGGUCUUGCCGAGUGGCCUCAGAAGACCCCGCAGUUACAGGCCAAAAUCUAAAGACUAAAGACUAAAGACUUAACCCUCACAAAUUAGUUUUGCAAUAUAUUGUGCCUAGUAUGAAUUCAUAUGGUCUGUGCAUUGUGGACAAUUUUCUCGGAAACAAAAUUGGAGAGCGCGUUCUACAAGAAGUCCGACACAUUCACCAAGGUGGAAAGAUGCAAGAUGGGGAACUUGCAGGUGGAAACUUUGGCAAAAAUAAAUCCAUUCGAGGUGAUAAAAUUGCGUGAGUGGAAGGGACUGAAACAGGUUGUGAAAACCUUGGCUUUCUAUUGACAAGGAUGGAUAAACUCAUCACCUAUGCCGACGGUAAACUGGGAAGCUACAAAAUUAAAGGGAGGCAUAAGGCGAUGGUGGCGUGUUAUCCAGGAAAAGGGACAGGAUAUGUGAAACAUGUGGACAAUCCCAACGCUGACGGUCGCUGCAUCACCUGUAUCUACUACCUCAACAAAAACUGGAACCCCCAGGAGCAUGGAGGAAUUCUUCGCAUUUUUCCCGAAGGCAAAUCCUACGUUGUAGAUGUUGAGCCCCUGUUUGACAGACUGCUGUUCUUUUGGUCAGAUAGAAGGAAUCCACAUGAGGUGCAGCCUUCAUAUGCAACAAGAUAUGCUAUAACCGUGUGGUAUUUCGAUUCAGAAGAAAGGGCAGAAGCAAAGAGACGGUUUAGAGACUUAACAGCCUCCAUCCAAGACCCGGACGGAAGCAGUACUCCCUGAACUUUGACCUUAUAAGAGACUCCACCCUGUGUGACACAAUACAACACUGGAUCCCUAAUCCUUUGUGCUGACAGAGUUGUCAUGCUUUGGUCUAAUCACUGUUUGGACUGUGCUGUGGUACCUCUUCUAAACGCUACAAAGAUGUUGAAAGCUACAAAGAUGUGUGGUUGUGGUAGAUGAUAAGAAGAGACGUUAAUGGCUUUGUGCAUAUAUUUAGAAAUAAAAUUAUUUUCUGCUCUUUCAAUAACAGCGAUUCUCGUCAUUGUAUUUAAAUGAAUCAACCCAAGUAAUACUGUACUUCUUCCUGAAAUGUCUUUAUAGAAUAUAGUUUAAAGAAUGUAGUUGGGUUAAAAUCAACUGAAUUCUCUCCUUUAACUACUGCUGUUCUAAAAUAAUUGUUUACCAGUUCAUGCAUGCUGGUUUGUUGUAUAGUUCUGUUUCAGUCAGAUAGAGAGAGAGGGGGGGCAUGCUCACGUGUACACGUGUGUGUAUUAUACAAUUUGGCCCAUCUAGAAUUAAAAUGUUUGCAUUUAAAUCUUGAACAGUAAAGAUGAAUUGAGAUGACAAUGUUAUGUUGAAAAGCACUAAGGCCUAGAUUCAAUCAGAUCAAGCGUUAACUGACGAUAGCUGACACCUGCAUAGCUGAUGUUUUGGCACUGUCGGAGGUGGAACUGCAUUGAAGAUGUCAAAUCGCAGCUGCUCUUGAUCAUUGUCAGGAAGCCACAGCUGUCACACUUCUGUUAGAAGUUCAGAAUGAGAAAGUAUAGACUAUAUAGAAAUAAUGACGCUCAAGCUGAAAAUCAUUAAACAAACAAAUGAGGAUUUCUAUCAGCCUAUUCGAGGUGUAGAUUACAUCUCGCAUUCCAGUAUUCCAACUUGUAAACAAGGCUGCAUGGGAUUUCUUUUAAUAGCGACUCCAUGUCGCCGAUGGCAAUGUCCGCUUUAGGUAUGUGCCAGGUGCCGCUUGUUGAUUUGACAGCGCUAACGCUGUUCCCCCUCCGUCACCAACAAAACAUCCAAAACAGGUGUGAGCUAUCGCCGGUUAACGCUUGAUCUGAAUGAAUUGGGGUCCUCAAUAAAAAUCCGAAUGGGCACCUGUCAGGCACCCUGUCACACUGUUACAUCGUCUGACUUGUUUUAAGUUGGUAAUGCAAUCUGGAGCACUCAAGGGUCAAUCCAAAAUGGCGCCCCUAUUUUUCUAUGUGGUGCACUACUUUACACCAGAUCAUCCAAAUCCUUAUUACACAUCAACUAUCUUUAUAAACUAGUUGAAUAGUUAGUUAUGAGUGACUCCCAGGACUGCUGUCAUUACUGAUCCCCCUGAGCAGCCAUGUUGUUCUCUUCCCUAAACAUGCAUCUUCGACAAUAACUACACAUGUUCAGGUUUUUUGUGAAGCUUUUGUAUAUACGUCUUGUGAGAAGAAAUCAAUUGUUGAUGCAACAUUCAACUCUUUACAGAGGUGGUGAAGGAAAAACUGUUCAUUGUGGAUAUACAGCACUCUAUGUGUGGUUGUUAUCUGUAAUGGAUUUUUGUGCUUAAAAUCAGCUUGCAUGCUGAUCAGCCAAGCUGGUGGAUACAGUCUAUAGUAUGGUGAAAAAUGUGGUUUUGUUAAUGUUUGUUACUUAUAUUCAAGACAAAUACAAUUAUUUUCCACCUGAA